AUGACCCCGCGAUGGGCCCGAAACCCGCCCGUUCCACCACAGCCCCGCCUCGGCCUGAGCCGAAGUGACACGGACAGUGUGAGGAGGCCCUCCCGGUGCCCCCCGCCAGCCCCUCCGCCUGGUGCUGCAGCCCGGCCUGAGAGCACAGCCAGCCCAGAAACAUCCCCCCCUCCCGAGGAACCACGGUGUAGCUUGAAGAGAAGGAAGGCUGGCUGCCAGGCUGCCUUGCAGAAGAGGAAGGAGAGAGAAGAACUGAGGAGGCAGAAAGAGCAGGAAAAAGAGCAGAAGAGGGCCCUUGCCAAGAGGCGGAAAGCUCUGCGACCAGGAGAGUGCCAGAAAUACAUGACAGUAGUGGUAGAUGAAGUUCUCUUACAGGUAGAAGGUGGUGGGCAGAUCUUCAGUGCUCUGCGGGCUGCAAAUUAUUUCUGUGUGGUUGAGAGCCAGGCUGUUCCCUGCAGCGUCACUUGGAGGAGAAAGGUUGUGCCAUCUCAGAUGGAAGAAGGAGAUGAAUGGACAGAAGAACCAAAUGUCCUGGUUCUGCUUCGCUGGGAGGAGUUUCUGCCCAUGGUUCGCAACUACAAACAAGAGGCCCAGGACUGCACAGAACAGAAGGAGACCCUCCAGAGCUAUGUAGCUUAUGUGGCAGAGAAAAUGCCUGGGAAAAUUCUGGCUCUGGCAGUAGCUGAUGUAGAAAAGUAUUUGAGGUCCCUCAGGUUUCAGUCAGGAAAAGGACUGCAAGGGGCAGCAGGCAGUGGAAACCAAGAGGAACAGGGAAAAAGGAGAAAAAAGAAAGUUAGGGAUUCUGGCCUGGAGCUAACCAGAAUGGAUGUGGAAGAAGCCCUGGUGGAUCUGCAGCUGUCCACACAAGUCCCAGUCAGGUUUUUUGAGAGCUGGGAGGAGCUUGGAGAAUUUGUCACCAUGUUCACAAAAGCUGUAGCUGAAGCACCGUUCAAGCGGGAGCGAGAGAACACAGGGUUCUCCUUCUACUUGGAGAAGCGGUGGUGCGGAGGGGUGAGGGUGAAACCUUCUGGGGAGGGUCUCCUAGAAGUUUGGAAGAGGCAGCUACAACAAUUCAACCGUGUCAGCCGCGAGAUGGCUGAAGCUAUUGUGUCUGCCUACCCUUCUCCUCAGCUCCUGAUCCAGGCCUACAAGAGAUGCUCCUCAGACCAGGAGCAGGAAAACAUGCUGGCCAACAUCACCGUGCACCGCGGGGAAGGCGUGACCGCCACCUCCCGCCGCAUCGGACCUGACCUCUCCCGAAGGAUCUAUCUGCAGAUGACUUCUCCUGAUCCUGACCUCUACUUGGAUGCCACUGGGUAA